UACAAAAGAAUAUAAAGAGAUUUGAAACGCCAUCGCCAUCUUUGUUUACAAGGCAAUCAGACUCAGUGUGGCGGCGAGGAUGAGGCAAGGGACAGCCAGGCCGCCCGCUGCUGCCACCCCUGCUUAGCCCACGCCACCCGUAUCACACGCCCACUAUGUCUUUGGACGGCCAGCUGGAGGGGGGCCAGCAGAACCCCACGGAGGCCCAGCAGAGCCUCAACAGUUUCUGGCCCAAGGUCACCGAAGACAUCCGACAGCUCACACAGAGUGACCUGCGGCAGCAAGAGCUCCCCCUGGCUAGGAUAAAGAGGAUAAUGAAAUUGGAUGAUGAAGUGAAGAUGAUCAGUGCCGAGGCACCAGUCUUGUUCAGCAAGGCAGCAGAAAUAUUCAUCACUGAACUCACUCUCCGUGCCUGGAUACACACUGAAGACAAUAAGCGGAGAACUUUACAGAGAAAUGACAUUGCCAUGGCCAUCACCAAGUAUGACCAGUUUGAUUUUCUCAUUGACAUUGUGCCAAGAGACGAACUUAAGCCCACGAAGAGUCGAGAUGAUGGAAACCGUACUGGAGUCCCCGCAGACCAGCAUUAUUUCCAGAUAGCUCAGCACUACCAGGCUGUACUGCAGCAGUCAACAGCCAACAACAGUAACAGCAGCUCUCAGACUGUGCAGCCGACCAAUGUUCAACCACAGACAAUUCAGAUUGUGCAUGCUGGCGGGCAGACACCUUCUGUUCAGUCAUCUGGCACCACAACAGCAUCCACCACACAACCUCAGCAACAAGGUCCUCAGAUCAUUCAACUGCAGGCACAGAGUCAGCCGCAGCAGAACCAGGCCCAAGCGCAGCAGUCACAGCAGACCUCAGGCGGCAUCCAGAUCAUCCAGCAGAUCAUUGGCCCCGACGGACAGAUCCAACAGAUACCAAUCCAGUUGACGCCCCAGCAACUUCAAAUGAUAAAGCUGCAGAUGUCAGGAGCCACGCAGCAGCCCAUCAUCAUCCAGACGGCUCCCAUCCAGGCCGUCAGCCAGCAGCCCCAGACGGUGGUCACAUCACAGCCACAGAUCAUUCAACUUCAACAGGGUGGAGGACAACCAGUUUACAUCACACAGAGCCAGACUCAGCAGCAGUAGCCUUGCUGUGUGCCACAUGGCAUGUGACAGAGCCACCAAUCUUUGGAUCUAAUGACAACAGACUCUCCAUACAUUCUUGAUCUUUAGAAGAUGAAAAGAAAGAAAAAGUACAAGGUUUCUAUGCCCGGUGUAGGAUGGAGUUAAUUUCAUUCCAAGUGGCCUUCAUCAUUAUAUAUAUUUUAUGCAUCAGUCGGACUCAGACUUUGAUUCAUAGUGGAGGCUCAUGAGGCACCUUCAGUUCUCAGAGGAUGAUAAGGUGUAGAGGCUGCCUUGGUUUCUAACUUGCAUCAUCAUCUGUGUCUGGGACAUGAUAUUAUUUGAACUUCACAGCACAGACUUUAUGUUGGUGUUGGUCAGCAGUGCACACACUGCUUCGGAUGAAACUACUUCAUUUGUAAGGAAGAGUGAUGGCAUGGUACAACACUUAAUACUUUUCUGAUUGAUUUGUGUGUCAGUAUAGAAAUAGAGAUUGGAUGCACGUGUUUGUGUAAUUUAUGCAAUAUAUAUUUUCUGACAUGAUUAGAUUCAUAUCAAAUAAAACUGUAUGUAUAUAAGAAUGUAAAAUAAGUCUUUCUUGUUCCUCAUCCUUGUCAUAAUGGUGAUUCCCUCUUUUAUCAUUUUGUAAAUUACAUCCCAAGCAAUAAACUUAGUGUUUUUA